CUGGAGGAGGAGCCUCUGCUAGAGUGGAGACAGCAGGGUGGGCCUCCCUCAAGGCAGCUCCUGGGGACUCCCAGGCCCACAGGCUGAGAAAGGACGCAGGGCAGGGUGGCUGGAGGAAGUGAGAGGUGAACUCAGCCUGGGCCUGGCUGGGUGAGACCCUCUACCUGCUCCCCUGGACCCUUUCCCAUCAUGGCCCUGGCCCAGCAGCUGCGGGCCGAGAGUGACUUUGAACAGCUUCCAGAUGACGUUGCCAUCUCAGCCAACAUUGCCGACAUUGAGGAGAAGAGAGGCUUCACCAGCCACUUUGUUUUUGUCAUUGAGGUGAAGACAAAAGGGGGCUCCAAGUACCUCAUCUACCGCCGCUACCGCCAGUUCUAUGCCUUGCAGAGCAAGCUGGAGGAGCGCUUUGGGCCAGAGAGCAAGAGCCCCCUGGCCUGCAGCCUGCCGGUGCUCCCAGCCAAGGUCUAUGUUGGUGUGAAGCAGGAGAUUGCUGAGAUGCGGAUACCUGCCCUCAACGCCUACAUGAAGAGCCUCCUGAGUCUGCCUGUCUGGGUGCUGAUGGAUGAGGAUGUCCGGAUCUUCUUUUACCAGUCACCCUACGACUCAGAACAGGUGCCCCAGGCGCUCCGCAGGCUCCGCCCACGUACCCGGAAAGGCAAGAGCGUGUCUCCACAAGGUGCUGGCUUUGAACUCAUGGCAGCUCCGAGAGCAGAGGCCAUGUUUGAUUUCACUGGGAACAGCAAGCUGGAGCUGAAUUUCAAAGCUGGAGAUGUGAUCUUCCUUCUCAGUCGGAUCAACAAAGACUGGCUGGAGGGUACUGUCCGGGGAGCCACAGGCAUCUUCCCGCUUGCCUUCGUAAAGAUUCUCAAGGACUUCCCUGAAGAAGACGACCCCACCAACUGGCUGCGCUGCUACUACUAUGAAGACACCAUCAGCACCAUCAAGGACAUUGCGGUGGAGGAGGACCUUAACAGCACACCACUGUUCAAAGACCUGCUGGAGCUCAUGAGGCGGGAGUUCCAGAGAGAAGACAUUGUCCUAAAUUACAGGGAUGCUGAGGGGGAUCUGGUCCGGCUGCUGUCCGAUGAGGACGUGGGGGUCAUGGUGCGGCAGGCUCGAGGACUCCCCUCCCAGAAGCGCCUGUUUCCCUGGAAGCUGCAUGUCACCCAGAAAGACAACUACAGGGUCUACAACACAGUGCCCUGAGCUGGCGCUGUCCCUGUGGCAAUGAGGGGCACCUGGCAGAGAGCCUCAGAGGAGAUCAGGACCAGAAAAGCCUGGGAGGAUGGCACAGACUUCCCGGCUUCAAGGCUGAUGGACCUGCCGGACUUGGCUUGUACUUGCUUGUGUCUUUUCUUCACCUCUGAAUUAAAUAAACUAUUUCACCU